AUGGCUGAAGAAUUUGCCGCGCUUUUAAUAGCCACAAACAUAGCGCAGUUUACCGAAUACGCCUUGGCUCUAAUAUCGUACUGCCGCGAAAUCUAUGAGUCGGUAGAUGGAGCUAAGCAGGAGAACCUGGAACUCGAAACGGUUAUACAGUCCAUUCAAGAUAGGCACAACUGCAUGAAAGCAACAUGCCGUGGCAGCAGUGGACAGGCACCGCCCAAAAGAACCCUGAAGCUUAUAGAAUCCUGUGAGCCUUACAUAAACAGUCUUAUAAGCACUCUGGGGAAGAUUAAGGCUACGAAGAAGUCACGGUUUCCCAAACUUGGAAGCUUGCGCGCUACCAUUGUGGCCUCAUGCAAUUUUAAUACCCUUCGCGGCCUGAAGAAGCGUCUGUUGGUUAUAGAAGAGAAGAUUGAGUCCAACAACAGGGGAUUUGCAGAAGUCGUUUCCAAUGUGGAAGAGCUUGUCAAGGAGGCAGAAGAGGUUGUGCGCGAUCAACGAUUCCUUGACUCGCUCAGUUUCGAAGACUUGAAAGAAAGAGAGUACAGAAUCAAAGACGCGAGCGUGACAACCCUCGCUUGGAUCUUUCUGUUGAAAUGA